CCUCCCCAGUUCCAUUCUGUAAAACACCAGAAAGGUGGAACUGAAACUUUUUGAUAAAAACAAGCUGUCUCAGAAAAGAAACAGGGAUUUCUUUCUGGCCCUCAAACACCAGCUCUCCCCUGCAGACCACCAGGGCUUGCCCAACAAGGCUGGGCUGAUGUCACUCUAUUUUGGGCAAUAUUUGUCUCCAAAAUCAGCACUCUCAGAGUCUGCUAACUGCACUCUGCAAAAUGACUGGGAUUUGCCAACAAAGCAGAACAAGUCAAAGCAACCCCCAGCUCCUGCUGCUUCUACUCCAAAUAUGCCCUGUAACAAUCCUGUGAUAAUCAUGUCCUUGGAUAAUGUGAGUUAUUACUUUGAAAACUUCUGAAUAGUUAAAUUAAAUAGUUAAAUGCUUUGUUACAAUGUUCUGCUAAUACUUCAAGUAAUUCAGCUUAGCUUGUGUUCUCUUUUCUUUCUCAAGGCACAAAUCCCCUUGGCUUUGCUUCAAAACUUCAGCCACAGCCAGAAUGUUUAAAAAACUCACCAAAUUCAUCAUCAAUGAAAUGGAUCCAUACAAGAAAUUUGAUCCUGUCGAGAGCAUCGCAGACAACGAGCACUUCAGGCCCCUCUGUCUACUGAGAAAAAAGAGAAAAUCAAAACGCAUAUUCCACCCAACUCCCUAUUACGAGCAGACAGGGUUCACACUGGAUGAUGUGCUGCUGCCUGGACAAGAUGGUAAAAUCAUAGAGUCUCUCCAUCAAGAAUCCAGCCAAUUUGCUCUCACAAAAGUCAGAGCUGACCAAGCUGAUGGAGGUCUCAGCAUUUCAUUUGACCCUACAAAUGUAGAGCUGAAAGGAGGUGCCUCCUUGUCCAAAGAGAUUUCCAUUACACCACAGAAGAAGAGUGUAUCACUGGAAUCGCUGGAGGCACUGAGAAGAGAAAGAGAAAUCAACAUGGAUCAUUCCUUCAUCCGACAACUCCGGAGAACAAACAUCCACCUGUACGUGGUCACUGAAAUCCUCGAAGCCUCAGAGGAGGCCGUCUACAAGGAAUCCACCAAGGCAGAUAGGGGCUUCAAGGCCAAAUUUUAUGCCACACUCUGUGCACAGAGCAACAGGGAGGACAAACAAAGCAUAGUGAUACCCAAGGGCUGCACACUGGCCUUCAGGACCAUCCCACUACAUAUUAGAGAUGGAGCAUGGGAUCUGGAUUAUUUCCCAGCAGAAAGUGUGAGAAAGAUGGCUUAUGUAGCUGAUGGUCCCUCAACAGGAAAAUUAGGAGAAGUGAUGACAGAAGUUCAAUAUUCCUGCCGAAUUUUCCCCGAGUUGUCUCCUGACCUGCUGCUCAUCAUCUUAAACACCAUCAAAGCUGUGAUGAGAGACAAGAACCUCCUUCAAGAGCUCAGACAGAAACUGCUGCUGCUGGAAUCCUUGGAAAGGAAGAUUGUGUCCCAACAGCUGAACCUGGUUGAAAACCUCCUGAAACAUGACCUGGACAAAGGGAUGGACUCUUUCCUAGUGGAUUCCAGGCUGCUCUUCUCACAAGAGGAGGAACAGAUGUUAACCAUUGCCCUGGUGGAGCUGAGUGGAGUGCAGCUCCAGCAAGAUGGUUUAGCUGUCCCUAGGGAUCAAUCCUUCGAGGCCGUGGCAGCCCUGUUUGUGGCCUUAUAUGCCCUUAACUUCCUGAGUGGUAGGCUGUACCUGGCCCUGCCCAGGGAACCCGUCUGCAAGGUCUUGUGAAAUCUUUACUGACAAGACAGUUUUCUCUCCUAGUAUCAUCCUUGUUAAUAAUCAAGGCUGAUUUGGCUGGCAAAAGGGAAUUUAAGGCAGGAAAAUUAAUUUUGCGUACUAAAGGUUGAAUAUCAAAGUGGAUUUCUUCCACUUACACCUCUCCGGUCACUGCCAUCAUCCCUGAGAUGUUCAAUGGACACAUGUAGCACUUUAGAGCAAGCAUACUCUUGUUAUCACUCUAUAAAUAAAGAGUACUUUCUUGCUAUGCAA